GUCAGCAGACGGCGGAUGUGCGUCUUUCAGGCGACGCUUCGAGCGUGACGUGUAAUCUAGUGGACGGUUCUUCAGAAACAGCUCGUCAACCACCUCGGUAGCUUGCUAGCCAACAUAGCCGAAAGAUUCAAGCUAUUUAGACGCUUUUGGUGUAUAUUACCUACUGUGUUUUAGACACACUUAUAUCGUAUCUACUUGUUUACCUAUUUAAUUUAAUAUUACGUUACUUUGUAUUAGUCAGCUAUAGUAGCUGGCUGGUUAAGUUAGCACUAGUCUAGUCGCUAAUGAUAGAUAGCUAACAUCCCCGAACAUGAGCUCCCUAAACUACUCCCCUCCUGUUAAAGAAGAUGAGGUCUGCUGGACGGAGAAAGAAGCUUUGGGGCUGAAGAUUGUCGUGAAAGAUGAGAAGGAAGAGGAGGAUGUCACAGUAAAACAACAAGUAGAGUGUGAGGCUGUUACAGUGAAAGAAGAGAGAGACGUUCCAGUUAAAGAAGAGGAAGCCGCGUUCAGAGUGAAAGAGGAGGAGGAUGUUACAGUAAAGGAAGAGAAAGAGGAGGAUGCAGUUUUCAGAAUGAAAGAGGAGGGGGAGAUGACUGUCACAUUGAAAGAAGAAGAGGUGGAGAAAGGAGAUCUGAUUAACACCAGAGAGAGAUGGGACUAUCAUGGAUCCUCUGGGGAGCCUCAACAACCUCAUGAUGCUGACGAGGCAGAACAGUCUCUCUCCAGGUCAGAACACCUCAAGAAACACCAGCAGAGACAAACAGGGAAGAAACCUCACUGCUGCUCUGACUGUGGAAAUAUCUUUUCAAAAUCAUAUACAUUACAAUCACACCAUAAAACACACACAGGAGAAAACCCGAAUAGCUGUACUCAAUGUGGGAAGAGUUUUGUUUCAUCUUACUAUUUGACUAUACACCAGAGAAUACACACAGGAGAGAAACCUCAUGGCUGUACUCAAUGUGGGAAGAGUUUUGCUCAGUCAAGCUGCCUGAUAUCACACCAGAGAACACACACGGGAGAGAAACCUUAUAGCUGUGAUCAAUGUGGGAAGAGUUUUAUUCAGUCAAGUCAUCUUAAAGCACACCAGAGAACACACACAGGAGAGAAACCUCAUAGCUGUGAUCAAUGUGGGAAGAGAUUUACUCAGUCAGGUGGCCUGAUAUACCACCAGAGAACACACACAGGAGAGAAACCUUAUAGCUGUGCUCAAUGUGGGAAGAGUUUUGCUACAUCUAGCAAUCUGACUAUACACCAGAGAACACACACUGGAGAGAAACCUCAUAGCUGUAACCAAUGUGGGAAGAGUUUUGCUCAGCCAAACAACCUGAUAUCACACCAGCGUACACACACGGGA